UUUUCAGCGUAGGUCCAAAAGAAAGGUGGGUGAGGUGAAGAUAAGUCAGUUCUUAAACGCAAAGUGCCCGUCCCCCCAAAAACACCCAAAAAGCUAAGUCCCUCUAUUUCCACUUUCCAUCAUCCAUCCAACUAUAACAAUCCAAAAAGCAUUUCUCCAAAGCUAAAUCUUCUCCGUUAUCAGUUCCCUUAAUCAAUCAUUACCAUUAUAUUAAGUGUUUUUCACUUUCUUUUUCGUGUCUAAACCGUCUACCUUUCCUUUUUCCUUCCCCUUUUUUCUUUCCCUUCCUAUCUCUUUCAAAGUUGAUGUCUUUGUGUUUUUGCUUAGGGACAAAAUUCAUAUGAACUACUUGUUCUUCUAUCAUUUAGAGUUUUAGCACCAGAUCUAUGUGACCCAUGUUCUUUUUUUUUUUGAUUCAACCUUUAGAUAGAACACAAGAUUAUUGUGUGUAUAUUCAACUUGGGUUGUUUUUCUUUUUGUGAUUCCUGAAAAGCUUAAUCAAGAAGCUUGUUUUGAUUUCUAUGGGAGCUUGCUGGAGCAAUCGGAUCAAAGCUGAGAGUCCGCUUCACACUGGGCUUACCUCCAAAACUGGGAGCAAGGAUGGAAAUGAUUGGAGUAAAUCGAAUAGCAAAUUGUCGUUGACUUCAAUGCCUCAGACUCCUCGUAGCGAGGGUGAGAUUUUACAGUCUUCGAAUUUGAAGAACUUCAGCUUCAAUGAACUGAAGACAUCAACGAGAAAUUUUCGACCGGAUAGUGUGUUGGGAGAAGGUGGCUUUGGUGCUGUAUUUAAGGGAUGGAUUGAUGAGCGUUCACUUACUCCAACUAGACCUGGAACUGGAAUGGUGAUUGCUGUCAAGAGGCUUAAUCAAGAAGGGCCUCAAGGUCACAGAGAGUGGUUGACGGAGAUUAACUAUCUAGGACAAUUACGACAUCCAAAUCUUGUGAGAUUGAUUGGUUAUUGCUUAGAAGAGGAGCAUCGGCUACUUGUUUAUGAGUUCAUGCCUCGUGGGAGCAUGGAGAACCAUCUUUUUAGAAGGUCUGCACAUUUUCUGCCUCUUUCUUGGGGCCUAAGGAUGAAGAUAGCUCUUGGUGCUGCAAAGGGGCUUGCUUUUCUUCACAGUGAUGAAGCAAGAGUUAUUUAUCGAGACUUUAAGACUUCAAAUAUUUUACUUGAUGUGAACUACAAUGCAAAACUAUCAGACUUUGGGUUAGCCAGAGAUGGACCAUCUGGCGAUAAAAGCUAUGUCUCUACAAGGGUCAUGGGAACACAUGGGUACGCUGCACCAGAAUAUAUUGCAACAGGUCAUUUGACUCCGAAAAGUGACAUCUAUAGUUUUGGGGUUGUCCUCCUGGAAAUGUUAUCAGGUAAGCGUGUCAUUGACAAGAACCGACCAAAUGGUGAACAGAAGCUGGUGGAAUGGGCAAAACCUUACCUGGCCAACAAACGUAAAAUCCUUCGUGUUCUCGAUCCACGUAUAGAAGGGCAGUACUCUCUGGAUCAUGCCUUAAAGGUGGCUAACCUUACUUUAAAAUGUCUCUCUAUCGACCCCAAACUGAGACCGAAUAUGAGCGAAAUAGUGAAAGAUUUAGAGAAACUUCAGGUUUCUCCAGACUCCACAAGGAAUGCAAGAGAGACUAACCAGCCUGGUCAUCUCAAUCGUCGAGCUGUAGGAGCUCAGUCGUGCAGGCAGGGUCUACAGAAAGUAUCGGGGAGUACCAUGACAUAUCUGAGGCCAUCUCCGAUUGUUGGAAAAUCGUAAAAAUAUGUUAUGUAUAUAUUUGAAUAGGAAAUUGGUAUAGCUGGUAAUAGGAUGAGAAGACUGGAUCUCAUGAAUUGUUCUGUCGUUCGUGUAUUAUAAGCUGUCAAGAUUAGAGCAUUGUACAGGUUUUUCAUGGUGUAAACUUUGUUUUGGUGUUCUUGUAUGUGUAAACAAUUAUGUGAUAAACCCUUAUGAUCCCUUUUCCCAACAACAUAGGUGGUUUGCCUUCGUAUUUCGAAUUUUUUUGGGGGUUUGAGAAGGCGUUGUAGUUUAGGAGAAGUACUUAUAUAUGCCCAAAGUGUUGGGGAAUUUGCUUUGUUAUAAAGGUUUAUUAACAUUUGGUGA